GGACCAGCAGGACCAGCAGCAGCAGCAGCAACAGCAGCAGCAGCAACAGCAGCAGCAGCAACAGCAGCAGCAGCAGCAAUGGAGGAGGACGGCGUUGCAGAUUUAUCAACAGCUCCUCCUUUGCCAGAUGGACCUUCAGGGGGGCCCCCUAUUAAGAGAGGGUAUGGGGGCCCCCCGCGUCGAGGGUACAGGGGAGGGGGCCCCCGGGGGGAAGGGGGCCCCCCUCGUGUGUCUGUCUUUGAUAGUUUAAGACGACGUAUUGUUACUCUUGGAGAUGAUGUUUGUCUGAUCCCUACUCAGAUAUUGAAUCUUUCACAAAGUAUAGCAGAGGCAGUGCUAAGAGCCAGGGAAGAAGCUGCAGCAGCAGCAGCAACAGCAGCAGCAACAGCAGCAACAACGCAGCAACAGGAUGCAGCAGCAGAUGCAGAUGCAGCAGCUACAGCAGAUGGAGCAGCAGCAGAUACAGAUGCUCAGCCCGUAGAUAUAGACUCGGUGGACACACCUCAGCCAGCUGAAGGAGACGACAAAGAAGAAAACGCAAUAAUAAACAAAAACAAACAAUUACCAGUCAAUUUAGAGAAGGCACUCAUAGACAUCAUCGUCUCUUGUGCAGCCAAACUGCCUGUAAAAACAGGGAUGUACGCAGCUUGCGUGGGGCUGUUGUAUAGAAAGAGCUGCUUAAGACAUUUUGUAGACUGCUUAGUUAGCGAAACAAGAAAGAGGCUUCUAUUAUCUUUAUCUCAGGGGCAGCUAAUGCAAACGAAACUCCUGCUUCGAUUUCUAUUCGGGCUAGCCAGCAGCCACGUCUUACAACUCGGCCCAGUGAUAGCGGUUGUUAGGAGUCUGCUGCAAGCGGCUAAUGAUCUUCCCCAGACAACGGCGGAGCACAGUUCUUUGCCUUGGUUAAGCGUAAAGAUGUAUGAAGCACAUCACGCUUCUCUGGUGGAGGUCUUCGACUGCCCCAACACAAACCCUGAUAAAGAUACUACUUUAUUGCUGGCGGCCUGCCAGCCAUUUACAGGACCCUUUGCAUCAGGGGCCCCCGCAGAAGGGGGGGCCCCGGGGGCCCCCCCCUCUUCGGGGGCCCCUGAUGCAUCUGAUAGACAAGGAGAAACGCAAGAUUCAAAGACAUCCUCUACUCUCACCACCACCGAUCGAUUGGCGGCUCUUCUAGAUGCAAUUGACUCGAUGAUUGAUGCGGAGUGGCAUUCGCGUACUACUUUGCGUUUCUAUCAGUCGAGCGACUUAGUUUCUCUCUUGUCUCCUGCUUCUGGGGAGGGGCCCCCUCUUCUUUCUUUACCACCGCUUGACUUGCAAACCCUAAACCUCGCGGCUCUUCAUAUGCCUCCUCUGGAGAGCGUCCUAAGGCUGCCUGCUACUCUAGAGCACGUCAACGUACCCCUCCCCCCCCAUGACCAGUGGAUAUUGGAGGAUUAUAUCCUGACGACUCUGCGGAAUUUCUUGCCUAAUAUUUCGCUCUGUGCUGAACAACUCCUCCGCGUGCCGGUAGAUCACCCGCAGUUUGAUUAUGUGCUUGUUGAGUGUCUCUUCAGCGAAAUGCUGCGCCUCCCCCGUUUUGUGAUUAUAAAGGAGGCCUCCAACGCACCUUUUACCUAUGCACGGUUGCUGCAUCGUCUCUGCCAACUUCAGAAUUCUUUAAAUUCUGUUGUUGAGGCUCUUCUCGCCAGUCUCCUUCGCCGCUCCUUUGAUAUUGAUCAUCAAACCCUUCUCACACUGUCGGACUUCUUUGGGUAUUGGCUUAACGUGUGGGGGGCCCCCAGCAACUUGUUAGAAGAGGUUUGGGGCUUGGGCUUAAGGGCCCUAUCUAUCCCUGACUGCGUAAAGGAUCUCCUGCCUCCUCGCGUUGUCCCUCAGAACCCUUACUUGUGUCUGACUCCAGCUCCUCCUGGGGGGUCUAAAGGAGACAGCACCCUUGGGGCCCCCAACGGUGAAAAGGGGGGCCCCUCAGAGGAGGGGGGCCCCUCUGAGGAGGGGGGCCCCUCUGGGGGGCCCCCAGCCCUCCCUGUGGGUGUUGCAGAGUUUUCUCUGCUGCGGCAGAUGCUGCGGUUCUCGUUUAAAGAUGAUGAAGAAAAAGCUGAGAACGUCGUUGGGGUGUACAGACUCCUAAUGGCCAUCACUGGGAGACACAAGAGCAAGGGCUCUCUACCUCCCCCAAAUUCAAAUAAACAAAACCCUGAAAAGGAGACAAAUCAUUCCUCAGGCACUGAGGACGCCAUGGACACCGACGGAGCGCCAGCAGCAGCAGCACCCGAGGCAGCAGCAGAAGCAGCAGCAGAUUCAACCGACGCGCCUACUGCAUCGGAAGCAGCAGCAGUUGCAGCAGACAGCGAGCCUGCUGCAGGAGAAGCAGCAGCCGAGCCAGCAGCAGCAACAGAAGCAGCAGCCGAGCCAGCAGAAGCUGCAGCAGCGGCAGCAGCAAGGGACGAGUCUAUAGAGGAGGACAAUGAGGGAGAAGGAAGACAGGGGGCAGUUGCUGCUUUGCAUGCACUCGAACAAUGCAGCACAGACACAGAGGGGGCCCCCUGGUCUCCAGAUGAUAUAAUAAAAUUGUUUGUUUUUUGUCUCCUUUCUUUGGGGAGUAAAACCCAAACACAUCUUCAUCGGGCCCUCUCAAAUUAUGCGCAGGCAUUCACAUUCUAUGCAGCGCAAUCUGAGCAGACACCCGAAGAGCAGCAGCAGCAGCAGCAGCAGCAGCUGGUGCAGCAGGUCGAUAUACACCCCGCCGUGUUGCAGGCUAUUCAAAAGUACUGGACCACCUCGCAGCAAAGGACUGCCUUGACGUUGCACGCCUUCCUCAAAGUUGGUAUUUUAAAACGCGGAAGGGUUUUGCAGCUGCUUUGCUCAGCAGACCCAGAGGAGCGAGAUUCCUGGAGCUAUCUCGAGUAUAUUGAGACGGUCUUCAGGGGAGCGGUGGACGAGUGCGAAACUGCGAGAGAAGCCGCAGCAGAAAGCGGAGCAGCAAUGCCACGGGGUACAGAGGCAGAAGAGGUGGGGGAGAAAGAGGAGAAAGAUUCUCGCGUCGAGAAUCUUCUAACAGUCAUUGAGCAGGUGCAGCGGCAUUACUUUUGGCGCAGCUUUCCAGGCGCUGAGAGUUGA